CUGAGGUCAUUGGUAUUAAUAUUGUAUUGUAGGUCAACGAAAACGGCGUCAUUUUCUUCGGGCAAGAUGCGCCCGAGAUCGACAAUGGUACCCUACCGCUCAGUGAACUUCCCUUCAUCGCACCCUACUGGGCCGACGCAGAUACAACGACAGACCGUGGAGCAGUGUACUACCGAAAUGUAUCCCGUGCCAACAGCACUGAUAGUGCCUUUGACCUUGCUGAUACUGUCGUGAGGAUGGCCUAUGUAGAACGCCAGAAUUUUCAGUCUUCCUGGAUGUUCAUAGCGACCUGGGACAAGGUGUCCUAUUAUCAAGAUCCGGUGGACUCCCAAUAUGACCAUCUGCGGAAUUCUUUCCAAGUUGUCUUGCUAACUGACGGAAGCAUUUCAUUCAGUAUCUUCAAUUAUGGGGAUAUCACAUGGACGACUGGUGCCCAACAAGGAGGAAACGGAUCCGGCCUGGGAGGAACAGAAGCUCAGGUUGGUUUCAAUGCUGGUGAUGGGGAGAAAUUCUACGCCUUGGAAGGUUCUCAAGCUCCAGAUGUAAUAAACAUCGACAAGAGGAGCAAUAUUGGUGUUCCUGGCCGAUUCAUCUUUAGAACUGAUGGAGCAGAAUUAACGCAACCUCAGUGUGAAUCAUUCGGUAAAUUAUCGAUAUACCCCUUGGUUGGGAGUAUGUUAGGGGGAACCGAAGUACUCAUUGGAGGUACCUGUUUCAACUCUACCAGCAUCAUCAAGUGUCGCUUUGAUGAGAAGGUGGUCACUGGAAGAGUGAUUUCAUCCAUGACUGCUCUCUGCGUUACCCCUACAUUCUUCAAAACUGGACGGGUCCUUCUGAAUGUUUCUGUCAAUAAUGGAUCUACGUUUGACUUCUCUGCUGUCUUUACAUUGGAGAAUGUAGAGGAUACAGACCCAGGAGUGAUGACGGUAGCAACAACGAGCCAGAGUUCGCUCUUCACGUUUGGGGUAGAAUGGGACAUCAGUCGACUGAUGCAUGUCGAAACAGUCGACGUGGUCGUGUAUGGUUACAGAGAAGACACCUCAAACGGUCUUGUCUUCCUGGAAAACAUACUCAUAUUGGCAGAGAAUAUCAGCUACCAAGCUGGUUCUACCAACGUCACGCUCUCUUCCAUCAACACCACAUAUGAAGUAGGUGUAUUUGCUGUCCUUGAGCACCAGGAUGAGGCCCUUCCUAACAAUAGCUUUGAUGGACGUGCUGCUUUGUGGAGUGAGGUUCAUGUUCUCCAGUGGCUCCGGGACCAAGAGCCUACUCCCUGGUGUACCCAGUGGCUCAAGGACAAUGAAAAGGACAGAGUAUUCAUCGAUGCAGCUCCGUCGUGCCCGUGUACGCUCUCGGUAGCCAUACUCGACUUCGCCAUGUUUCGGAGUGAUCCUAGCUGUUUCCUAGGCUCUAACAGAGCGGAUAAUUGUCAACUUCGACCAGGGGCCGUACACUGUGUUCGUGCCAUCCAGCAAAGUGGGCUAGGCGGUGGGCAAGAAUGCUGUUACGCCAGUGACGGUAACAUCAGUAACGCUCAGAUAUCUGAAGCUGGAGGGGGAUUCGCUCACCGAUAUCAUCAUAAUGGCAUUCGUCCUCAUGAAAAUGCAACACAGGUCCCAUUCCUGUCCCAUUUCAUCGCCGAUACACUACCAUGGACAUACUGCUGCUAUCUACCGGGUGACGUCACUGACAACACUGAACUGAGUCAUGAAUGCACCCAGUAUAUCACACGGAGACCAUCGCAAAUGUGCAAUGAUUACGUGCCGCCACAACUUGCAUUAGGGAAUGGCGAUCCACACAUCACUACUCUGGAUAUGAAAAGGUAUACAUUCAACGGACAUGGGGAAUUCACUCUCCUUCAGACUGUGGAUGAAUCGUUCGUUAUUCAAACAAGAACUGCUCCUUACCAAGAUUUAAAUGCGACAGUAUUUGUAGCAGUGGCUGCCCAGUGCAACAAUAGUGAUAUCAUCCAUGUAGAGAUUCACGAGCAAAGGAUCCUAGAUGCAUACGUUCGUCCACAGCAGGGAGGCGAAUUCGAACGGAUUGAUUUUGAGCAGGCGCCAUCUUGGAAUUAUGAAGAUGUAUCUGUAACUGGUCUUGAUAUCUCGUCCGAUGGUAUACUCGUUGCGUUCGAAGGUGGCUCCGGCUUACAACUCAAGGCUGCGGAAGGCGCCCUGAUCAUUCAGGUGGUGCCUCACUCCUCACUCCGAGAGCAGACACGUGGUUUGAUGGGGACGUGGAACGGUGACGUCAAUGACGAUUACAUGACCCCAGAAGGAAAUAUCUUGUCACCCAAUUCGACGACAGAAGAGGUUUACUUUCAAUUCGGACUCAAAUGGAACGUCUCCGAGCAGAAUUCGUUGCUAUACCAUCCAGAAGGUACCACCCAGGCUGAUGUAGUUGAUUUGAGUUACGUACCAAUGUUUGAAACUACGACAAAUCCAACCAUUGACCAAAAUCAAGUCCAGGACAUAUGCAAUGACGACGAGUUCUGUAACUUUGAUUUACAAACCACAGGCAGUACCAGUUUCGCUCAAAGUACAGCCAAUUCCUUUCAGGAGUUUCAAGAUGCUGUAGAAAGCACAAACAUAGUGACGUGUCCUACUCUUGACACACCCGACUUUGGAAACUCUAUCAUCAGUAGAUACACUCCAGGAGGCGAAGCGAACUACACAUGUAUCCCAGGCUACCAGAUCAGUAAUGACAUCAAAUUUACGUGCCAAUCAGAUGGAUCAUGGAGCAAUGACGUCACACCAGACUGCAUAGAUAUUGUGAAACCUCUCAUUACGUGUCCUGGUGUGACGUCAAACACGACAAUACCUGGACGAUCUGUAGGAAUGGUAUCCUGGAUGGAACCCAUAGUAGAGGAAAAUUCAGACAACUUUAACGUUUCCUUGCUUGAGUCAGCAUCGAAUGGCGGAGAGUUUCCUAUCGGUGUAUCAAACAUCACCUAUGUGGUUACAGAUGCUGCUGGGCUGAUGGAUUCUUGUACAUUUGCAGUAAAUGUAUCAGACGAUGAGGAUCCCAUAAUCCGGUGUCCUGAUCCGAUCAUAGUCACGACAUUACCAGCUCUAAACUCGACAGUAGUCACGUGGCCUCGCCUUGACGCCUCGGAUAAUUCUGGUACCGAUUUACAGAUCAUGCCUGUUGGGGAGAGCAGGAAUGGGACCAACUUCACAAUUGGGGCAGUCAUGCUUUCCUAUAUCGUAACAGAUUCAUCAGGAAACACAGAUGAGUGUUCUUUCUGGGUCAACGUUACAGACACAGAAAAGCCCGUGAUCACAUGCCCAGUAGUACCUACAUCACCGACCGAAGAAAGUGAAUCUUACGCAACAGUUUCCUGGAACGAACCAUCCAUCUUGGAUGGUACCAUCACAGAUAACUCUGGAUCAGCCACGCCCAUAUUUCUUGGUCCCGGGAUUAAUGGCGGAAACUUUGAAAUUGGGACUAACGUCUUGGCUUAUAUGGUUACUGAUGAAGCGGGAAAUUCAAAUAAUUGUUCAUUCAUGAUUGUUGUCAUUGAUACUGAGAGACCUCGGAUCACUUGUCCAAACAUGACGUCAAACACCACUAUUCCUGGAGGAUCAGUUGGAAUGGUAGCUUGGAUGGAACCAACAGUUGAGGAAAAUUCAGGCAUUUUCAGCGUCUCCUUGCUCGAGCCUGCUUCCAACGGAGGAGAGUUUCCAAUAGGUGUUUCAAACAUCACAUACGUAGUAAUUGACGCUGCUGGGUUGAUGGAAUCGUGCACAUUUCUCGUCGUUGUAACAGAUAAUGAAGACCCAAUCAUCCAGUGCCCAGAGUCUAUGCAUGUCGCCACGCGACCUGACCUUCCCACUGCCCUGGUGUCGUGGGGUGACCCGACAGGAAGUGAUAACUCAGGCAAUGUAGAUAUUGACCAGGCUGGGUCAUUUACUAGCGGCGGCGAAUUCAUGAUUGGUGUCAACACCAUCACCUACCUUGCAACAGAUGGAAGUGGGAAUUCUAAAAAUUGCUCAUUCGCUGUUAAUGUCACAGACAAUCAAGACCCCAUGAUCCAUAACUGUCCAAGCUCCAUAACGACUGUUUCAAGACCGGGUCUGAAUGUAACUGAAGUCUCAUGGACUUCCCCAAAGGCAACGGAUAAUUCUGGACCAGUGGAACCAAUCUUCCUUGGACCUGGUACUCUUGGUGGGAACUAUUCCAUUGGGACAGUUGUACUGACCUACAUGGUUGAAGAUAUGUCGGGAAACAUGGACAUUUGCACAUUCUCCAUUACUGUAAGAGAUUACAACCAUGUCAAGGUCAUCUGUCCUGAGAAUAUCGUCAUGCCUACCGCUCCAGGCAAAGCGAGUGCACCUGUCACAUGGUCUGCAGCGACCAAUCCGAUUGGCUGGAGCAAUGUCAUCAUUACAUUUGAAGGGUCAAUGACAAGUGGAGGAGAUUUUCCUAUUGGCGAGACCAACCUCACCUACAAUGCAGUAGAUCCGGAUGGAUUGAAUGACUCCUGUACAUUCUUUAUCGUCGUCUUUGACGAAGAGAAGCCCAACAUUACUUGCCCCGCUCUGAUCAAAGUCACCACUGAAACUAAUCUAUCAAAUGCCCGAGUUUCCUGGCCAAAACCCACCGCAAUGGACAACUCCGGUCGUGUAACGGUCUCACUGAUCGGCCCUGGAUCCAACGGAGGUAUCUUCAACAUCGGUGAUACCGACGUGUCCUAUCGCGCGGUUGAUGACGCAGGAAAUCCAAGCUCGUGUAUCGUAACCGUACGAGUAAUUGAUGAUGAACUACCAGUACUGACCUGCCCCGAAGACAUCUCAACAACCACUCAAACUGGGUCAUCUAGAUCAGACGUAGUCACAUGGACUGAACCUAAAGGAAGAGACAACUCUGGAACGGUAACAGUUUCACAGAUCGGGAGAGAACAAAAUGGAGGAAAUUUCAACAUUGGGGUCACCAAUAUCUCUUACCAAGCUGUUGAUGACUCGGGAAAUAAUAUUUCAUGUGUGUUCUCCAUACUAGUGGAAGAUGAUGAACCUCCGACAUUAGAGUGUCCCGAAUCUCAGUCAGCAUUCACUCAGCCAGGCUCUGAUAGCACACCCGUCACAUGGAGCGAGGCGAACGCAACAGACAACUCUGGAACUGUGACUGUUUCGCUCAUUGGACCCGGGUCUAAUGGUGGACGCUUCAGAAUAGGCACGACCAAUGUAACCUAUCUAGCAAUGGAUGAUGCUGACAACAAUGAUACGUGUACUUUCACCAUUACAAUUGAAGAUGAUGAAGCACCGGUUGUGAACUGUCCCAGCAAGAUAUCAUCAACCACCCAACCAGGAUCACCUUCAUCGGGUCCGAUCACAUGGGAAGAACCCACAGCAACAGAUAACUCUGGGUCAGCGACAGUUUCAAUGGUUUGGACUGGUACUCACACGAAUGGAGGAAACUUCGGCAUCGGUAUGACCAACAUCACGUACCAGGCGGUCGAUGGUUCGGAAAACAUGCACGCGUGUUCAUUUAUCAUCCAAAUACAGGACGAUGAGUCUCCGGUCUUGGCUUGCCCCGGCCCUCUAUCAGCAACUGCUGAGCAAGAAACUGGUUUAGCUACAGUUUCAUGGAUGGAGCCUAAUGCUACAGAUAACUCCGGAAGUGUAACAGUUUCACUGACUGGACCUGGAUCUAACGGGGGAAACUUUAGUAUCGGAAUGACCAACCUUACGUACCACGCGGUAGAUGAUGCUGGAAACAUGAAGUCGUGCGUUUUCUCAAUAUCAGUAGAAGAUCCAUCAAGCUGUAUAUCGGAUCCUUGCCUUAAUGGAGGAACGUGUAGGGACUUCUCUGGCUACUUCAUCUGUCGCUGUCCUCCUGGUUUCCAAGGAGAGACAUGCCAACAAGCGACGGUUAGCUGUCAAUCAGGAUCUGACAUAUGUGACGCUACAGAACAAUGUGUUGAUUCUUUCUGCCAAUGUCGACCAAAUUUCAUCCGAAUUAAUGGAGCUUGUAUCCGCCAUAACAGGUUUCGCUUGACACUGACAGCCACCUCCCUUCUAGGCACAACCCUUGACUAUGUGGACAACUUUGCUGAUCCGUCGUCGGUUGAAUUUCAGAGCAUCGCCGAGGAUUUUAGAGGAGUGAUUCUGUCCAUCAUGUCGUUAAUCAACGAUCUCACCGUCGUUCGACUGGAACCUGGCAGUGUCAUCUUUACUUUCGACGGCUUCGUCAACACUUCCACAGAAGCUUCAGCAGUACAAUCAGAUUUGCAGAACGCACUCGGAUCGGGAUCUACAAACGACCUUAUCCUGUCUCCAAACACAGUUCCACAAAUUUCAGAUUUUGACGAAUGUGCUGAUGCCACAACCAAUGACUGCUCGCCAAAUGCCUACUGUACAAACGUAGUUGGAUCUUAUGAAUGUACAUGCCGUGCUAGUUAUUCUGAUGAGUCCAGUGCGCAAAUUGGCAGCGGCAGAACAUGCGUCUUUAAACGCGGUCUUCUAAUCGCUAUAAUAUGCAGCGUCGUGGGGUUCUUUCUCAUCGUUGUUUUCUGUGGUGCUCUCUGCUGCUGGUGUUCUAGACGUCACUAUGCCAUCCAUGCUGGUCAAAAACCUGAUGUUGAAUCACACCGGCCCCAUCGGCCACACUCAAACAGCCGAAUUCGAUCUAAAGGACCUGUCUUCAUACACACUAACCUCUCAAAGCCCUCUGGAAGAAACCCAGCCCCUCGUUUCAUUGGGGACAACAUAAAGAUGGCCCAUGUCCAUGAAGGCCGCCGAUCUGCUAGCUUACAUCCUUCCAGCAAUCGUAAAACAUCAUCACAUGCAAGUCGACACCAUUCUUAUGUUCCUCCCAGAUACUCCACGGAUCGAAGUGAUAACUUCAUAAGACCGCAUGUGGUAACCGGAAGUGAACCUAUGGUGCAACAAGGGAAGUCCGGAUCGGUGUACCAAGCAAGAUUUAUUCCCUGAAAGAAAUCGAGACGACAAACCACUUGAAGGUUAUGCCGACAUCUUUAAUAUGGAUACAAUCACUCGAAUCAACGACGUGAAAUCUUGCUUUUGAUGAGCUUUUAGAGCAUGCUGUACUGAUUAGCCAAGAACAAAACACAACGUGUUGGAGUGAAACAUCGAAAAGAGUAGAUGAGCAAAUUUUAGUAGACUUUAUUUAUCACAAUUUGAAGGAAAUAUAAUCUUCAUAGUGAGUUGAUCUCAAUGACAGCAGUUAAUUCAGAGAAACAGAUAUACGAUUUAAUAGGUUAUACUCUUUAAAAUUGAGAUCACCAUGUACAUGGACAUUUUCAAAUCGGCGAGUUAAUAACGUCACUGUGACCUGAUUAUUGUCGGACAACUCUCCCGCUUGAUCUUAGACACCAAAUGAAAAAACAAAUCUAACUAAUUUCUCUCCAUGAUAUAUCAUGAAUAAACCCUGAAGAAGUGUGGAGAGAAAUGAAAUUUCACGAUAUUUUAGUGUAAAAAACGGGAAAGUUGUUCCCAAUUCGUAACAGUCGAAUGGCUAACUCGUCAAUUUGAGAUUCCCAUAGAUUUCGUGAUUUCAUGCAGCUUUCAUUAUUCAUAACUGUUGUAUUUUUUUGUUUUUGUUGUUGUUAUUGAAUUCAAUUUGUCUGCCUCAAAUCUUGUUUUGUUAUUUAUUUGUUUUUAAAAACUGUUCAGCUUGUUACAAAUAAUGGAUUGCCCUUAAAUCUUGAUCUUGAACGGUAGUUCAAUGAACAAAAUAAGACGACAAAGGGUAGCAGGUGAAUAUAGAUGGAUGUAAGUGUAUGUUUCAAAUACAUGCAGUUCAUUGGACAAACUCUAAAGGCAACUGGAUUUCUCAAAGAGAAUAUAAAAUACUACAGAUUUUCAUAUAAGAUCACCACAGUAUGUAUAACACAAGCAUGUUUUUCACUAUGUGAAAACACCAUGUUCACACUUACCAUGCUUGGGGUCACACAGUGUGAUAUAUAGUGUGGCACUAUAUGACACAGUGUGAUAUAUCGUGUCAUACUAUUUGAAACAGUGUCAUGUGUAGUGUCGAACCAUAUGACACAGUGUGAUAUAUAUAGUGUCACACUAUAUGACCCAGUGUAAUUACAGUGUCACACUAUAUGACACAGUUCGAUACAUAGUGUCACCGUGACUAUUUGACAUAGUGUGAUUUACUUUGCCGUACAUUAUGGCACAGUGGUUUUAAAGAGUCACACUGUAAAUUGAAAAUUAAAAGUCAGCCUUUAUUAUUCAUUCGAA